AUGGACUUCAUCAGGGCCAAUAUCCUGCGGCGAGGAAACUCGUCGGAUGGGCAAGAGGCGGAUAUAGAGCAGCAGCGCACGACUGAAAGCAGAGGAGAGCAAGGCCAGGGUCGGACACGGCGCCUCAUCCUGGGCCGCCCUCAGAUUCCGUUACUAUUCUCUGGCCGCCAAAAUGCCGGACGAACACCAGAAUCGAGACCUACACUUCAAGGCGAGGAUGAGAGUCCGAAAACGCCUCGGUUUCACCUCGGCCUGCCGUCUCUACCGUCAACUCGCCUCCAUCUCCCAAACCUCUCACGUACAUGGACGCGAGAUACAUCAGGUCCCGCUUCGCCUCGAGACACCACGACAGAGUCUUCGGCAGCCGAGCCGCGCCCUUCGCUGCAGCGAUCACGAACGCAGCGGUUUCCUGUUGUUUCCGAGCCCCAGCCCAUUCAUCCUAGGUCAAACUCCAGCAGUAGUAGGAGGCAGUUCAGAGGCGCAGAUCCCGCAGAAAUGCAUCUGGCCGACCUGGCGGACACCGGAAGGCGGAGGCGGCAUGGUAAUAAUUCUCGCAGCACACGUCAUGCAGAGAAGCCUAAGAGAUUCAUGUUCUGCUUCCCAUGGAUCAAGAGUCGGCGUAUCAGAUCGCAGAUACUGCGGUGCUUUGUUUCGGGAAUGUUUUUGAUACUGAUGCUAGCAGUUUACCUUGCCCUCAGCAUAACCAAAAACAUCAACAACAGCGAAUUCACCAUUCUUUUGAUCCUCAUUAUCCUUUUCACAACAAUCUUCUUCUGUCACGGAUUGAUCAGGCUUUGCAUGCUCAUCGUCCGUCCUCAAUCGUCCGAGCAAGACGAGCGAGCUCGCUUGCCAGAAAUGUUCGGCCCUGGGGGCUAUGCCGUCCCGAGGCGUCCGAUCCGGGUUGUACUGGCCAGGGAUGAGGAAGCAGCCGGGUUGGAGAGUGAGACUACCAAGCUACAACCUCCUGCUUACGGACUCUGGAGGGAAAGCGUGCGUGUGGACCCGAAUCGUAUAUACUGGCAGCGUAAUGAGCAGCAGGCCUCUUCACCCGAGGAGGAACCAGCUGACCAGCCACGCACCGCGAAUCGACCACCUUCAUACGCCUCGGACGAUGGUGUCGAGUACGUCGUCGAGGCCCGUCCAAGGUCUAUGGCACCUCUGACAGACGUGCCACUGCCGACACAUCCUUCUGAAAUUGGACGCAUAGAACAGCGUCCUAGUUUUUGA